AUGCAGAUCGGUGAGCGUCGUGGGUUCCCAGGAAUACUAGGGAGCAUAGAUUGUAUGCAUUGGCAUUGGGAAAAAUGCCCUUAUGCAUGGAAGGGUAUGUAUACCCGCGGCGAUCAUGGUGUUCCUACUAUCAUUCUAGAGGCAGUUGCUUCGCAUGAUCGUUGGAUAUGGCACGCCUUCUUUGGUGUCGCUGGAUCCAACAAUGAUAUUAACGUGCUUAACCAGUCACAUUUGUUUGUCGAGCAACUGAGAGGAGAGUCUCCUAAGGUGCAGUACGUUAUCAAUGGAAGAGAAUAUGAUAUGGCCUAUUACCUAGCUGAUGGCAUAUAUCCAGAGUGGCCUGUUUUUGUAAAGUCUAUACGUGAACCACAAUCAGACAAGCAUAGAUUGUUUGCACAGAAGCAAGAAGGGGCAAGGAAGGAUGUAGAAUGUGCUUUUGGCAUUUUGCAGUCUCGAUUUUGUAUUUUGCGUCGGCCAGCACGUUUGUAUGAGCAAGGUGACCUUGAGAAUGUCAUGCUUGCUUGUAUCAUUCUCCACAACAUGAUCAUUGAAGACGAGAAGGAUGUAGAGGAGGUUCUACUUGAUUUGAAUGAGGAGGGCAGCACAUAUACGGUCACUGGUGCUACAAUCUCUCAUGGACAAAAUCCAGAGAUGGAAGAAGUACUUAACAGAAAUAAUGCCUUACAUAAUCGUGAGUCGUACAAGCAACUUCAGACUGAUUUGAUUGAUCAUAUUUGGGAAAAGUUUGGUGAUUCAUAUAGGCAAAAUAAUUAG